AUGGCUGUUGUCUUCUACCUCCAGCCGGGUCAUUUUGACCCUGUUGCAACCCGAAUAAAACCCAACGAGACAAAAAUAAGCAAGGCAGAGGUUUUUAAGGCUCUGAUACCAAUUGAUUCAGAUUUAGGUGCUUCUAAACCUGACUCAACCUCAAUUAGAUGGCGUAUUUUCAACUGUAGGAGAUUGAAAGGCUUAGGGACCCAACCGGUGGAAACAUCUGAAUAUAUAUAUGCUCUAUCCAUCAUAGAGCAGUUUUCAACCGAACAAAAUGUUGGACAGUUUGUCACUUGCCUCAUUGAAGCGAAAGACGAGUUACAGCACAAAUCUGAGGUCGUCAAGAGGAAGUUCACAAUAACCAAGGCCUUAUUAUGCAAGGCGGAUAGGUCUUCAUUUGACCGUCUAUGUCAACAGAUAUACAAGCUAGAAUUAGAACAAAAAAGACUAGAAGAGGAUGCUUUUGUAUAUAACUGGUUUCAACAACAGAUUAAGCGCUCGCCUGCAUACAAGAUGAUGCUUGAACUUGGUGCUUGCAUGGAUAUGAAAGCAAACUCUGGUGAGCUUGUGGAGAGUACAGAUGCCGACCUCUCGGAUAUAUCCUUUGAAGAGUUGCUAGCACAGGAAAAGGAGGACGUAUUUUGGCAGAGAAAUGGGAGACUUAAACCAUGUUCCGGCUGA